GUCGUCGUGUUCUCUUCCCCACCCAUCGUCUUCCUCCUCGACACCAACCAGACGCGAGCCCCCUCUUAUCAAUCAGACAUUCAGACGCCUAGGGUUUCACCAAGAAAAGAAGGGGAAAGCCGAUUCUAACCAAGCCAUGGCCGCGUCCGUCUUCAGCGGCGACGAGACGGCGCCCUUCUUUGGGUUCCUGGGCGCCGCCGCGGCGCUGGUCUUCUCGUGCAUGGGCGCCGCGUACGGCACCGCCAAGAGCGGCGUCGGGGUGGCGUCGAUGGGCGUCAUGCGGCCGGAGCUGGUCAUGAAGUCGAUCGUGCCCGUCGUCAUGGCGGGAGUGCUCGGCAUCUACGGGCUCAUCAUCGCCGUCAUCAUCAGCACCGGGAUCAACCCCAAGGCCAAGCCCUACUUUCUCUUCGACGGAUACGCGCACCUCUCCUCCGGACUCGCCUGCGGCCUCGCUGGACUCGCCGCCGGAAUGGCCAUCGGCAUUGUCGGCGACGCCGGUGUCAGGGCGAAUGCGCAGCAGCCUAAGUUGUUCGUGGGUAUGAUCCUCAUCCUUAUCUUUGCUGAAGCACUUGCGCUGUAUGGCCUCAUCGUCGGUAUCAUCUUGUCAUCUCGAGCUGGUCAAUCCCGAGCAGAUUAGACAUUGGGCAUUGGGCUGUGAUGCCUAUACCAUCUGUCCUUGUGAUGGAUACCGUGCCAGUGUGUUGUUUUGCUGUAUCCUUGUGGUUUGUUUCUGCUUUUUCAAACUAUAUGUUUUUUUCUGCUUAUUCUUGGUUGUAGUAUGAUGCACCUGUAACUUGUAAUACACAUACCUGGCUACAAUGGUUGCUUGGAACAUGGAGGAUUUGGUGAAUAAAUCAGUCUUUUUUCCUCUAA